AUGAAGGUUCUGAAACCGAUCGACACCAAUUUGCCGGAUAAUCAUGUCAAGGGCGCUGUCGUCGUCGACUCGCAACUCGCUGAAUGCUAUAAUGAUGCGGUGAUGACGGCGAACACGCUGCCGUCGACAUUCAUUCUCAUCGAUCGAAAGAAUGACAAACUGCCGGAGCUUAUAAAACGCAUUUCUGCCGAGUUGAGAUUGCCCGAAGAGCACACGUAUGGUUUGAUUCGAGAAUCGCCGAAGCAGUUCAUCACGCAGGAGAAUCUCGAGAAUGUUGAGCACGGAUUCAUGCUCACGAUUUCGGCGUCGCCGGAGCACUAUGUGAAGCGAAUUCGCGAGAUUUUGACGGAACGCGACGAUUUGAAAAUAAUGGAAUGGGCGGUGGCGAAACUUGACGAGUUUUCCAUGGAUUCCUCUCUAAUCAAAUCAUUCUAUCAAUGCUCAUCGAUUGAGUUGUUGUUCAGUCUUGUGAAGGAUGAUCGCGUCGCGAUGCGAAAUACACUUUUGAGCACGACACUCCGCGCGCUUUCCGGAAUUCUCGACCUUCGUGUUGAUUCGGUCGGAUGGGAGGCGAUGCCGAAGGAUGUUGUCGCGUCGGUGGCGUCAUUGGUGACUGGAAGGGCGAAACGCGAGGAAACGAGCACACUUCUCGUCGCCCUUCAAAUGAUUGACAAGCUGGUGAAUAGUAAUGAUCAGACAAGGGAUUGGGUGCUUGAAGAGGUUCCCAUUGAGACAUUGAUUCGACAUGUCGAGCGAUCGGAUGAGCGCAUCUCAUUCGCGGCGCUCUGCCUUAUGAAUUCGAUGCUGAAGCGGUGCAAUUCGGAUGAGAAGAGAAUGGAAAUGAUCAAUGCGCUUACUGGGGUCCCAUUUCGCAAUGCUGUCAAAUGCUCAUUUCUACGCGGCGGUCGCGAACGCGAAGAAAGUGUUCUCGAGCAGCUUGUCUUCAUCCAGAAGGUUCUAAUUUCGGCCUAUGAUACUUCGACGCCUUCGGACGCGGAUAUUCAGAAGAUUAUUGAGCAUGAAGUGUUGGUUGAGACAUCGACCGAGGAGCAAGACGACUGGAAGCGACAAUUGAAGGAACACGUUUGCGGAAAAUUGGCGACGAAUGCGAUUCUUCGAUUCAUUGAGAAUCAGCCGCAGGAUCUCCGAACGUUGAUUUCCGAGAACACGAUGCGAACCGAAGGUGGCAAAUGGCAGCUGAUACCGUUGCUUCUGCGAAGCGCCGACAUCACCGCCGAGCUGUUCGGAAUUGUCAAAGGCCAAGACGCGAUUCCCGAGCUGAUCGUGAUACUGUUCUCGUCGGAAAACGUCUACGAUGCGGUGUUCGUGUGCACCGUUCAGCUUUUCCAUCGAACGUGGCGUGAAAUGCAGGCGAAAGAGGGCGAAAUGUACAAAGUGACGAACGUUGUGUUCGAGCAGAUUCGACACACACUGAAGAAGUCGAUUGGCGACAUCGAGAGGUUGUCGAGUGAACUCGAAGCGAUGUCGUAUUGGGAAAUGCAGGAGAUUUGGAGGAAAGAGCAAGCGGAGAAGGAGAACGAUCAGCUUUUGAGCAAGAAUAUCAGACUUCUCGGAGAGAAAUUGAGGCCGAGAAUGGAGGAGAUUGUGAAAGUCAAUUUCAGGAAUCACAUGAAGAAAGGGUACAAUUUCAAGAGGCACGGAAAAGGCAAAAAUUUGUCAAAAGCGACUUAUUGGUUUUGGAAACUUGAUAAUUCGGAAAAAUUGUUGACGAUAACGCCGAAUGAAUCGGAGAAUUAUGUUGACGAAUUCCAUGAUGAAGCUAAGCGUCAGAUUUGGCUGAAAGAGAUUGAAAAUGUGACGACUAGUGAUGAAAUUGAUCGAAAAGCGAGUGCAUCGAGAUUCGGCUCAUCGGCGGGUCCGACAAUCCGCAAAAUCCAAUUGAAUCUUCGAGAUGGCGAGGUUAUUGUGGCGCUGACGCCGGAUGAGAGAACGGCGUCGAUUUGGAUGGAAGGAUUGUCGCAAAUCAUUGGAAUCAAUCAAUGCAGGUUUUUUUUCUCGGUGAUGGAAGCGAUGAUUGAUCGAAUGCUGAAAAUGGAGUUGAGGGUUCGCCUACUAGACGUCGAUGUGCCAUCGGAAUCAUGCCACGUGGAGAUCCCGCCGAUUCCUGAGCAUAUUUCGAAAAUCAUUACGAAUCACUGA